ACCAUCACAUCGAAAAGCAGCAAAAUUCUGUUGGUAAACAUACGCAAGAAGAAGUCGAAGUCUGGCAAAUUAAUGCGCCAGCAUGCAAGCGCAACCAGUUGAUUGCAAUUCCCUGGAUACAGUGAACCUGACGGAACCCAUCUGAAUGGAUUUACAGCCGACUCGCAGUGAGAAGCGAGAAAUAAGCACCUGCAGUUGCUGUUGAGUCAUCAGCUUUUAGCCAAAUAGCCAAAAAAAACAAGGCCAGCAGUCGUUAGAACCACCCAACCUGCUGACCAGGUAGGACGACAAAGGUAGCCCCAGGUGAGCCACAGAGCGCGCACAUACACACACGCACACCACCCCAACCCAGUAACCCCAAAAACCAACCCAUUGCGGCACUGGCCCCAAUGGAGGACUACAAGUUCCUGUUCAAAAUCGUCCUGGUGGGCAAUGCGGGCGUGGGCAAGACCUGCCUGGUGCGUCGCUUCACCCAGGGCCUGUUUCCGCCUGGGCAGGGAGCCACCAUCGGCGUGGACUUCAUGAUCAAGACGGUGGAGGUGGAGGGCGAGAAGAUCAAGCUGCAGAUCUGGGACACUGCCGGCCAGGAGCGUUUCCGCUCCAUCACGCAGAGCUACUAUCGAUCAGCCCACGCUCUGAUCCUCGUCUACGACAUCAGCUGCCAACCCACGUUCGACUGCCUGCCCGAUUGGUUGCGCGAGAUCCAGGAGUAUGCGAACUCCAAGGUGCUCAAGAUUCUGGUGGGGAACAAGACGGAUCGGGAUGACCGCGAGAUACCCACGCAGAUUGGCGAGGAGUUUGCCAAACAGCACGACAUGUACUUCCUGGAGACGUCCGCCAAGGAGGCGGAGAACGUGGAGCGGCUGUUCUACGAGAUAGCCGCCGAAUUGAUUGGCCAGGCCAGGAGCAAGGAUGGCAGUAGUUCGGCUGCGGCGGCGGCCGCCCAGCGCCAGUCGGAGGGCAGCUCCAUCGGGCUGGGGAGCUUCAGUGCCAAGGCAGCGCAGAGCAAUUGCUGCGGCGGACUCGCCAGCGGCGGCGGCGGCGGCUCCAACUCUAGUCAAGUGGGUUGAGCUGCAAACUGAACUGGAAACUGAGCAGCUACUCUAUAAAUAGUUAAGGACUAAUCGUGAUAUUUCAUUGAUUUUUUACCAUCAAGCUCCUCUAUUCUAACACCUUUCUUCAUUUGUUAAACGACCUUGAUUACCGAUUAUCACGAUUAAGAUUACAUCUGAGGUGAAUAUACCUCAUGUUGAUGAUUUAAUACCUUAACUUGAUAAAUAACUUUAUUUCCGAUUACUUUUACAGAAAAAGUGUUUAAAACUAUAUCUAAAAGAAUUUAACUAAUAACAAAUAGCCCAAAUUAUUUAAGUUAACCAAAAAUCACGGUUAAGAUCCACUUCUAACCUGUGCAUUCGAAACUGGAAACUGAGCAGCUAAUCUAUAAAUAGAUAAACACUAAUCGUGAUAUUCGUUUCAUCUUUUACAACGUAUUGUUUUCUUAUAGUCAAACAAAAAGCUCUCCCAAAUCAAAGUAUUUUGUUUCCUAUUAUUUAUAAAGCCAAACUAUAAUUAUACUAACAAUUUAUUGAUCGAUCUACAAUUCUUUAAGUUGACCCCAAUUAUUUUGUAACCCAAUUAUCACGAUUAAUAUCUACUCCAAAACUAGCUGUCAAUGACUAAGGAUGCUAAAUAUUUGUGUUACAAGAACUCCAUUGGAGGUGUUUUUAAGCGCCUAAUUUUAUUGAUUAGUAUUAUGUUACCGUAUUGAUCCAAUUGUGGAUCGUUUACCAAGUGAGCAUCACAAUCACAGCCAAUGCUGCGAGAAUUUAUGAUAUCAGUAAUGCUAUGCACAGAAUUCUGUUUAUUUUAAUUGUUUCCUAAGAAGUAUUGCAUAUUUUAUACAUUGAAUUUUUUGUAUACAUAUACAAUUUAUGCAUAUUUAUUUGCAAUUAUUUUUAAAUAUUUUUAUGAUUAAUGUGCAAUCAUUUGUAAUGCAAUUUUUAAACGGUACUCGUAAUAGUGUUUAAGGUAAUUUCAUGACAUUCCAAAAAUUAAGAAGUAGAAACUGUAUGGAUAGACCAGAAAACUAAAUAAUAAAA